GCAUCCCUGGGUUAGAGGUUCCAUUCAAAGGUUAAUAUCCUGUUCCGGUGAGUUAAUCUUCUCGUUAGCAUGGUGUGCGUGUAAGGGGAAGUUGAGUGGGCACCAAAAUGCAGAUCUUUGUGAAGACACUUACUGGGAAAACCAUCACCCUAGAGGUUGAGGCAUCUGAUACUAUUGAAAAUGUGAAAGCCAAGAUUCAAGACAAGGAAGGUAUCCCCCCUGAUCAGCAGCGCCUGAUUUUUGCUGGAAAACAACUUGAAGAUGGUCGAACAUUAUCUGAUUAUAAUAUUCAAAAGGAAUCUACACUUCACCUAGUUCUACGCCUGAGGGGAGGAGCAAAGAAGCGCAAGAAGAAGAAUUACUCAACUCCCAAGAAAAUCAAACACAAAAAGAAGAAGGUCAAGCUUGCAGUACUCAAGUACUACAAGGUGGAUGAAAAUGGAAAGAUCCAUCGUCUACGACGGGAGUGCCCAUCUGAACAGUGUGGUGCUGGCGUCUUCAUGGCUGCCAUGGCAGACCGGCAUUACUGUGGGAAGUGCGGCUACACCCUGGUAUUCAGCAAACCAGAUGAAAAGUGAAAUCAAAUUCUGUAAAAACUGUAAUAAAAUAAUCAACAGUU